GACAGCUCGAGCUCGCAUUGCGUUGGCGUGGCCGCUGACGUUGACUAGGGUUUUGAACAGUCAAUUCAAUUGAGCGCUCUUGGCAUCUGCACACAGUCUCUGCUCAAGUCGCGGGCUUUCGCUCUGUAUAUAUCAAGGAGGAUUGGCGAGGGUCAUCAGCCGAGCUGCGUAAGAUGGCGGAUUAUGGAGGGCAAAACCAUUACGAAGAAGACAACGUGUUCUACGGCGAAGAGGAAAUUUACGAAGACCAGCAACUUCGUCAACAAUACCAACAUCAACAGCAACAGCAGCAGCAGCAGCAGCAGCAGCAGACGGAGCGGCGAUAUUUAGGACGCGAGGCGGACUCGUUCGGCGGUGGCGGCGGCGGCGAAGAAACCGACAGGAGGCGUCCGGUGGAACACCGCGACUCUUCUUCGAGGAAACUCUUUGUUGGAGGCAUUUCAUGGGAGACUACUGAAGACAGAUUCACUAGUUAUUUUAGCAAGUAUGGAGAAAUUGCUGACUCUGUGAUUAUGACGGACAAGUAUUCUGGAAGGCCUCGAGGUUUUGGAUUUGUCACGUUUGCUGAUUCAUCAGUCGCUGAUAAGGUUUUGGAGGAAUGCCACGUCAUAGACGGUAGAGAGGUAGAAGUGAAGAGGACGAUCCCCCGGGAGGAUAUGGAGGGAAAAUCGGCGUUGAGGACUAAAAAAAUAUUCGUUGGUGGACUUCCGGCAUUCCUGAGUGAAGAUGAGUUGAAGGAGUACUUCUCUUUCUAUGGUAACGUUGCUGAGUAUCAGAUAAUGCUAGACCACACAACUGGACGGUCUAGAGGCUUUGGGUUUGUCACAUUUGCUGAAGAAGAAGCAGUUGAAAGGAUAAUAUCAGAAGGCAAAGUGCAUGAACUUGGAGGGAAACAGGUGGAAAUUAAGAAGGCUGAACCAAAAAGGGCAGGUAGUGACUACAGUGGAAGCCAAUCCAAAUUCAGAGGCAGUUUCAACAGUAGUGCGGGUGGUUACCCUAAAGAAUAUUAUCCAGGAGAUGGGAUUGGUGGGAAAGUAGGCAGAAAUUUCGGCGGGGGUUAUGGAGGUUUUGACGGUUAUGGAGGCUAUGGAAGUUAUAUUGGAAGCUACGGUGCAAGCUCUACUGCAUUUUAUGGUGGUUAUGGUUAUGGCUACGGUUUUGGGGGCCAAAUGUAUGGUGGCGGCGCUUAUGGAGGCGGCAGCAGCAGCUAUGGUGCCCCUAGUGGUUAUGGCAUGAGUGGUUUUUAUGCUGGUAAUAGAGGCUAUGGAAGAGGCGGCAGCGGUAGCAGUGGCGGCGGCAGCGGAAUCCAUGGCAGUGGUAAGGGAUAUGGCUAUAACUCCGCAGCAAAUGGGGCUGCAAUGGCCGAAAGGUACCAUCCUUAUGGGAGAUGAGAUUGUUAUUGGCUUGAGAAGUGUCACUUGGAGAUGGAUGCAAUGCAGGCGGGAUGGAGGGACGUAUGUCCCUCGCAGUUAGGGCUUGUUACUUAAUUAACACCUCUCCUGUGCAUAGUAGCAUAGUCAACCAAUAGGGCACCUUGUAAUUAUCAGACAGAUUGAGAUGUGUUGCUGAAAUUAUGAUUCUGGAUGAAUAUGAGCCUGUUUAUUUGGACAUUCUUU